UAGCACCACAAGAAUUCACAAUAUGCCCUACGCACAAUGAGCACCUCUCUAUCUUCGUCUCUCCAUCCCAGCGGUACUCGGCUGGAGUAUCUGGUGAAGGUGAUCAUCCAUGACGUGCGGGAUUUGGUCUUCAAGGAGGGCGACCAGACCGUCCUGCCGUCUCCCUAUGUGGAGGUCAAGGUGCGGGACACAGUCAAGCGGACGUCCACCAAGCCGCAGACGGCCACGACCUUUUACAAUGAGAUACUGUUAUUCCAAGACCUGUCGCUGAGCAGCAAGGAGUUCAGCACCUCCACCAUCGAUGUCAGGGUGUACCACCAGUACAUGUUCACCACGCCACUGGUCGGCCAGUAUGUGGUGGCCUUCCCCGUGGCCUACGGCAGGCCCCAGCACUACAUCCACCGCCAGUGGGUGCUGCUCUCACAGCCAGCGGGGGAACCCGGCGAGGUCAAGGUGAGUGAGGAUGGAUGGAAAGAUGCCUCGCUGCAUGCCGUCUCUCUGCCUGUCUCAAUCAAUCGCUGUCUCUUGUCUUGUCCAGGGCUAUCUGCGUUUGAGUGUGGGUGUGUUUGGUCCGGGUGAUGUGCUGCCGUCUGUCAAGGACACCGGAGCAGACGUCAGCCGAAACAAGCAUCUGUUUGGCCGUUUUGUUCUCAGUGUUCCUCCUCGUGGCUGUUGCAGGAGGAGGGCGGCGCGGCUGCAGAGGCAGGCGGGGCGUCAGACAUGCGAUUUGACGCCUACCAACUCAAUGUAGGAGCACAUGACCCCCGCCCACCCACCCCUACUUCCCGUGUCUGUCUCCUGCCUCCCUCCCUUGUGCAGGUCAACAUCCACCGCGCCCUGGACCUGCCUCGUGUGGAGGGUUUCCUGACGGCGAUUAACCCCUUCGUGCAGGUCAAGUUCAUGGGGCUGGUGUGCACCUCCGCCACGCUGUACGACAGCGUCAACCCUGAGUGGAAUGAGACCAUCCGAAUACCCGUCAUCGUGCCAUGCAUGGAGAGGGUGGUCGUGUGUGAGGUCUGGACACACCACAUAUCACAAACCACCUUCAUCGGCAUCGACACCAUCGCAUUCGAUCGACUCCUGGAGGAGCGCAUGAAGCCGAGAUGGACCAACCUCUACUGGCACCCGCCCGCUGCGGGUACGCGUAUGCCAGCCAAGCUUUCUCUCAAGAUCCAUUGUCUUCGUUGGUAUGUGUCGUCGCUUCAGGCAUGUCGAUGAUGUUGGAUCGGCUGGGUGCCCUGGCGCUUGGCAGCAAGGAGACAUCGCAGCAGCCUGUCUACGCCGGCAGAAUUCUCCUCUCAGCGUCGCUCCAGAAGACCACCACGCCACAACGAAGUAAGCCAAAUUGCACAAACUGAAAGAAGCCCACUUGUCUCCACUCUGAUCCGCCACAACCUAUGUGUGCAGCGUCUGCGCCGUGUCCUCGGGCUACCGAUCCCCCCAGCCAGGAGUUCUGCAUCUGGACUGACCUAUACGAGGUGGCGGGGCUCGACGCGUUCUCGCCGACAGAGAUAAAGGUCAGUAGCACACAUAUGCAACACUUGAUGGAUCGUAAACGUCGGUCGGUGUCUCUUCCGUAUGCAGGUAGAGGUGUGCAUGGGUCCGGUGAUUUGGCGGUCGCGGACGGUCAAGAAGGCAGACGAGGCGAGCUUUGUCUUCGACGAUGCGGGAGGAAGGCUAGAGGAAAGGAAGAUCGACCUGCCUGGUCGAUACGUGAACGGACACCAAAAGGGACGCAAGCACGCUCGGCAAUCAUGCGUUCUUUAUCUGUUUGGCAGAGCCAUCUGAGGCCUUUGAUUUGUGUCUGUACGUCAUAGGGUCCUCAUUCUUCAAAGGCACACAAAGGUGACUUCAUGGUGGUCAGUAUUCUUAUUCUGCAGCCUUGUCUUGUGUCUCACUCAGGAUCGCUUUCCUGCGGGUGCCCUUCGUGGAGGUGUUCAAGAGCGGCAGUGGGCCCAAAUGGCACAGUUUGCAGCCCUACCAGGAGGGCUCGGCCGUCGAGGGCAGCAUCCUGGUCAGCUUCUGCGCCAUGGAGAGCAGCAAACAGCCCGUCAGGCGGGGGAGGGUCGCUUACAGCCGGACAAAGUAAGCAGACAGAGGGAGAGAGCCGGCGGGGCGGGGCGGGGCAGCUCCUUCAUGACUGUUGCGAUUGGUCCUUCUGUAGGUGGCUAUUCCGUGUAUAUACCAAGCAGUGA